AGAACGAACAUUUGAGAUAACAACAACAACAAAACGAAAGAGAAAAGGACAACGAGACGAGAAAAUAAAACUCGAAGCGAAAACACGAAAGCGAAAACAAAGUUAAGUUAACGUUACCAAUCGUCUCGAGCUGCCCCUUGCCGCAGACGAUGAUCCUCAACGCCAGGCGCGGAAAAACCUCUUCCUGUGCUGUUCUCCUUGUUAUCUUGUUCUUCGCGGUUAACACUUACACUCCUGGCUCUCAAAAGGGAUCUUCGGAGACCGACCUUCCGCUGUUGUUCACUUCGGAGGCCGCCAGGCCCGCAUCCGAAUACAUGCACAUGAAGAAGAAAACGAAACCAAAGUCUAGCAUAAGCAACCAAACAGAACCCGAUCUGCACGAAACCUUUCGGACGCGGAGAGAACACUUGCUAGAACAGUGUCGUCGGCUGAACAUAACAGCAAAGUUCACAAAUAAAGAUUGGUUAUGGUCAAUGCUUUUAGAAUUUCCCGGCCCGCUUGAUGUGUGUCUCCCUCCAAAGGUGGGCUCGACAUCAUGGCGUGAGCUUCACCAGCGGGUGAGCGAGCGAGGAGAACUUUCCGGUCUCCAUCCCGCCAGCGCCAUCGUGGUUCGGCAUCCACUGUCUCGGCUGACGUCUGCUUAUAGGGACAAGUACCUUGACGGAGCACCGAUUAGUGACUACGACAAAAACUGGAGGAAGAGCCAGGGCUUCACCACGCCCCGUUUCUACUACUGGUACAAUUAUUGGCUCCCAACUCUCAUCUCCUCGGGGAGGCUGGUUCCUUCGAAGGAGUUCCUCAAGAGGGUCAAGGACGGUCGCAGCAUUCACAGGACCAGAAGCGUCGGCAUAGCUAACCUACGGGAUGCUGUUAUGGACACCUACAGGAAUAAAGACCUUCAGAUGCAGUUUAGCAACGCCACCUUCACCUUUCGAGAGUUUCUGGAAUUUAUUCUUUGGGUGGACGAGCUGGGUAUGCGGGACCUGCACUGGGGCACGUACACGGAGCAGUGCAUCCCUUGCCAAGAGGACUACCAGUACAUCCUUCACCUAGAGACAGUAGAUGCAGAAUCGAGAGUCCUUCUGCAGGAUGUAGGAUACCCAGAGGAUAUUCGCUUGGCCACUAAGCACAGAACGAAGGGCCUUUCUCACACGUUAAGCACCAAUGAUCUCGAGUAUUAUAAGAACCUUCCCAAAGGUCUACUGAAUAAGAUUCUUAAAUUCUAUGAAUAUGAUUUCGAUCUUUUUGGUUACAGCAAAGAUAUACUGGCAGUGUGAACACGUGCUGAAGAUGUAACAGAAAUGUAUGAAAUGCACUUCAAGCUCUCUGAAGUAAUUUUUGAAAGGUAGCCAACAGAACGUACUUUUCAUUAGUUUAAUCAGCGUCCAUUAUCUUUAAUUUUAUUUUUCAU